AUGACGUGUGGCCUGAGCACCAGUGCUGGUGACUCUGUUGGGGCCAAUUACCGGUCCUCUGGAUGUCGCUGUGAUCGGCAGGGAGGCCCUUGUGUUCCUCAGGAUGACGAGGUGGUUCUGCAGUGCACCGCAACCAUCCACAAAGAACAACAGAAACUGUGUUUGGCCGCAGAAGGGUUUGGCAACCGACUUUGUUUCUUGGAGUCCACUUCGAAUUCCAAGAAUGUUCCCCCAGACCUCUCCAUCUGCACCUUUGUGCUGGAACAGUCUCUCUCUGUCCGGGCCCUGCAGGAAAUGCUGGCUAACACGGUGGAGAAGUCAGAAGGGAAAUUCAUGAUGAAGACUGCUCAAGGUGGCGGUCAUCGGACACUCCUCUAUGGACAUGCCAUACUGCUACGUCAUUCCUACAGCGGCAUGUAUCUCUGCUGCCUGUCCACCUCCCGGUCUUCAACUGAUAAACUGGCCUUUGAUGUUGGCUUGCAAGAGGACACAACAGGGGAGGCUUGUUGGUGGACCAUUCAUCCUGCCUCUAAGCAGCGAUCGGAAGGAGAAAAGGUUCGAGUUGGAGAUGACCUCAUCUUGGUCAGUGUGUCCUCUGAGAGGUACCUGCACCUGUCUUACGGCAACAGCAGCUUACACGUGGAUGCUGCCUUCCAGCAGACUCUCUGGAGCGUGGCCCCCAUCAGCUCAGGAAGCGAAGCCGCCCAAGGAUAUCUAAUUGGUGGUGACGUCCUCAGGUUGCUGCAUGGACACAUGGAUGAAUGCCUCACUGUCCCUUCGGGAGAACACGGGGAAGAGCAGCGGAGAACUGUUCACUAUGAAGGUGGCGCUGUAUCUGUUCAUGCACGUUCCCUAUGGAGACUAGAGACACUAAGAGUUGCGUGGAGUGGAAGCCACAUAAGAUGGGGCCAACCUUUCCGACUCCGCCAUGUCACAACAGGAAAAUACUUGAGUCUCAUGGAAGACAAAAGCCUUCUACUCAUGGACAAAGAAAAAGCUGAUGUAAAAUCAACCGCAUUUACCUUCCGAUCUUCCAAGGAAAAAUUGGAUGUAGGGGUGAGAAAAGAAGUCGAUGGCAUGGGGACAUCUGAAAUAAAAUACGGAGACUCAGUAUGCUAUAUACAACAUAUAAAUACAGGCCUGUGGCUUACUUACCAGUCUGUGGAUGUGAAAUCAGUGAGAAUGGGAUCCAUACAACGUAAGGCUAUUAUGCAUCAUGAAGGUCACAUGGAUGAUGGCUUAAAUUUAUCUAGAUCUCAGCAUGAAGAAUCACGGACUGCACGAGUCAUCCGGAGCACAGUCUUCCUUUUCAAUAGAUUUAUAAGGGGCCUUGAUGCGCUCAGCAAAAAAGUGAAGGCUUCCACGGUGGACCUCCCUAUAGAAUCUGUGAGUCUAAGUCUGCAGGACCUGAUUGGCUACUUUCACCCCCCAGAUGAGCAUUUAGAGCAUGAAGACAAGCAGAACAGAUUACGAGCUCUAAAGAACCGGCAGAAUCUCUUCCAGGAAGAGGGAAUGAUCAACCUCGUGCUCGAGUGUAUAGACAGGCUGCACGUGUACAGCAGCGCGGCGCACUUUGCUGACGUCGCCGGGAGAGAAGCCGGCGAGUCCUGGAAGUCGAUUCUGAAUUCUCUCUAUGAAUUGCUAGCGGCUCUAAUUAGAGGAAAUCGUAAAAACUGUGCUCAAUUUUCUGGCUCCCUUGACUGGUUGAUCAGCCGAUUGGAAAGACUGGAAGCUUCUUCUGGUAUUCUUGAAGUUUUACACUGUGUGUUGGUAGAAAGUCCAGAAGCUCUAAAUAUUAUUAAGGAAGGACACAUUAAAUCCAUAAUCUCGCUUUUAGACAAACAUGGAAGAAACCAUAAGGUUCUGGAUGUCUUGUGCUCUCUCUGUGUCUGCCAUGGAGUCGCAGUCCGUUCUAACCAGCAUCUCAUCUGUGACAACCUGCUGCCAGGAAGAGACCUACUAUUACAGACACGUCUUGUGAACCAUGUCAGCAGCAUGAGACCCAAUAUUUUUCUGGGCGUCAGCGAAGGGUCAGCUCAGUAUAAGAAGUGGUAUUAUGAGCUGAUGGUGGACCACACGGAGCCGUUCGUGACCGCUGAAGCCACCCACCUGCGGGUGGGCUGGGCUUCCACCGAAGGGUACUCUCCCUACCCGGGAGGCGGUGAGGAAUGGGGUGGAAACGGAGUUGGAGACGAUCUCUUUUCCUACGGAUUCGACGGCCUUCAUCUCUGGUCAGGCUGUAUUGCUCGUACUGUAAGCUCACCAAACCAGCAUCUGCUGAGAACUGAUGACGUCAUCAGUUGCUGUCUAGAUCUGAGUGCCCCGAGCAUCUCGUUCCGAAUUAACGGACAACCUGUUCAAGGAAUGUUUGAGAAUUUCAACAUUGAUGGCCUCUUCUUUCCAGUUGUUAGUUUCUCUGCAGGAAUAAAGGUACGCUUUCUGCUCGGGGGGAGACACGGAGAAUUUAAAUUCCUCCCACCACCUGGGUAUGCUCCUUGUUAUGAAGCUGUUCUGCCGAAAGAAAAGUUGAAAGUGGAGCACAGCCGAGAGUACAAACAAGAAAGAACUUACACACGAGACCUCCUGGGCCCCACAGUCUCCCUGACGCAGGCCGCCUUCACGCCGAUCCCUGUGGAUACCAGUCAGAUCGUGUUACCUCCUCACCUAGAGAGAAUAAGAGAAAAACUGGCCGAGAAUAUCCAUGAACUCUGGGUUAUGAAUAAAAUUGAACUUGGUUGGCAGUAUGGUCCGGUUAGAGAUGACAAUAAGCGACAACACCCAUGUCUGGUGGAAUUCUCCAAGCUGCCUGAACAGGAACGCAAUUACAACUUACAGAUGUCGCUUGAGACCCUGAAGACUUUGCUGGCAUUAGGAUGUCAUGUGGGCAUAUCAGAUGAACAUGCUGAAGAAAAGGUGAAAAAAAUGAAGCUGCCCAAGAAUUACCAGCUGACAAGUGGGUAUAAGCCUGCCCCAAUGGACCUGAGCUUCAUCAAACUCACCCCAUCUCAGGAAGCGAUGGUGGACAAAUUGGCAGAAAAUGCUCAUAAUGUGUGGGCCCGGGAUCGAAUCCGGCAGGGCUGGACUUACGGCAUCCAACAGGAUGUAAAGAACAGAAGAAACCCUCGCCUGGUUCCCUACGCCCUUCUAGAUGACCGCACCAAGAAAUCCAAUAAGGACAGCCUCCGUGAGGCCGUGCGCACGUUGCUGGGGUAUGGCUACAACCUGGAGGCGCCAGAUCAGGAUCAUGCUGCCAGAGCGGAAGUGUGUAGUGGCACCGGGGAGCGGUUCCGAAUCUUCCGUGCUGAGAAGACCUACGCUGUCAAGGCAGGAAGGUGGUAUUUUGAGUUCGAGGCAGUCACUGCGGGCGACAUGAGGGUUGGCUGGAGCAGGCCAGGCUGUCAGCCUGAUCAAGAGCUUGGCUCUGACGAACGUGCCUUUGCUUUUGAUGGCUUCAAGGCCCAGCGGUGGCACCAGGGUAAUGAGCACUAUGGGCGCUCUUGGCAAGCAGGCGAUGUGGUGGGGUGCAUGGUUGACAUGACAGAGCACACCAUGAUGUUCACGCUGAAUGGCGAAAUCCUUCUUGAUGAUUCGGGCUCAGAACUGGCGUUCAAGGACUUUGAUGUUGGUGAUGUGAGGCAGAACAUUUUAAUGUUGCUUAUUCUUAGUCCUGUAAUAUAUUUCAGAUUUUUGCUUAGAAGAACAAAGCCAGAUUACAGCACGAGCCAUUCUGCAAGACUCACUGAAGAUGUCCUUGCAGAUGAUCGGGAUGAUUAUGAUUACUUGAUGCAAACGUCCACGUACUAUUACUCAGUGAGAAUCUUUCCUGGCCAAGAACCUACUAACGUCUGGGUAGGCUGGAUUACAUCAGAUUUCCAUCAAUAUGAUACAGGCUUUGACUUGGACAGAGUUCGUACAGUAACCGUUACUCUAGGAGACGAAAAGGGAAAAGUGCAUGAAAGCAUCAAACGCAGCAACUGCUAUAUGGUGUGUGCGGGUGAGAGCAUGAGCCCCGGGCAGGGACGCAACAACAAUGGCCUGGAGAUCGGGUGUGUGGUGGACGCUGCCAGUGGGCUGCUCACGUUCACCGCCAACGGCAAGGAGCUGGGCACGUACUACCAGGUGGAGCCAAGUACAAAAUUAUUUCCUGCAGUGUUUGCACAAGCUACAAGUCCCAAUGUUUUCCAGUUUGAGUUGGGAAGAAUAAAGAAUGUGAUGCCUCUAUCGGCGGGAUUAUUCAAGAGCGAGCACAAAAAUCCUGUGCCACAGUGUCCACCGCGUCUCCACGUGCAAUUUCUAUCCCACGUCCUGUGGAGCAGGAUGCCCAACCAGUUCCUGAAGGUCGAUGUCUCUCGAAUAAGUGAGCGCCAAGGCUGGCUAGUGCAGUGUUUGGAUCCUCUGCAGUUCAUGUCUCUUCAUAUCCCGGAGGAGAACAGAUCUGUGGACAUACUGGAGUUGACAGAGCAGGAGGAGCUGCUAAAAUUCCACUAUCACACUCUCCGGCUUUACUCCGCUGUCUGCGCUCUUGGGAACCACCGGGUGGCGCACGCCUUGUGCAGCCACGUGGAUGAACCUCAGCUGCUUUACGCCAUCGAGAACAAAUACAUGCCCGGUUUGCUGCGUGCAGGCUACUAUGACCUGCUGAUUGACAUCCACCUUAGCUCCUACGCCACGGCCAGGCUCAUGAUGAACAGUGAAUUCAUUGUGCCCAUGACGGAGGAGACCAAGAGCAUCACCCUUUUCCCCGACGAGAAGAAAAAACAUGGCCUCCCAGGGAUUGGCCUCAGCACCUCCCUCAGGCCACGGAUACAGUUUUCCUCUCCCAGUUUUGUAAGCAUUAAUAAUGAAUGUUACCAGUACAGUCCAGAGUUCCCGCUGGACAUCCUCAAGGCCAAAACCAUUCAGAUGUUGACAGAAGCUGUUAAAGAGGGCAGCCUUCAUGCCCGGGACCCCGUUGGGGGGACCACUGAGUUCCUCUUUGUACCUCUCAUCAAGCUUUUCUAUACUCUGCUCAUCAUGGGGAUCUUCCACAAUGAGGACUUGAAACACAUCUUGAGGUUGAUAGAGCCCAGUGUGUUCAAGGAAGCCACCACUCCGGACGAGGAGACGGACACGCUGGAGAAAGAGCCCAGCCCAGAAGAUGCCAUGCCAGAAGGAGCUGGUGAAGAAGAAGCCAAAGGGGAUAAGAGGCCAAAGGAAGGCCUGCUCCAAAUGAAACUGCCUGAGCCAGUUAAAUUGCAGGUAGAAGAAUACGCAACUAACCAUUUAAUGGAUAAGCAGGAUAUCAUGAAUAAUAAAGUGUUUUACCAGCACCCUAAUCUCAUGAGGGCACUUGGGAUGCAUGAGACAGUGAUGGAGGUCAUGGUGAAUGUCCUUGGAGGUGGAGAGUCCAAGGAAAUCACUUUUCCCAAGAUGGUGGCCAACUGUUGCCGUUUCCUUUGUUACUUCUGUCGUAUAAGUAGGCAGAAUCAAAAAGCUAUGUUUGAUCAUCUCAGCUAUUUAUUGGAGAACAGCAGUGUUGGUCUUGCCUCACCAGCUAUGAGAGGUUCAACACCACUGGAUGUGGCAGCCGCCUCGGUGAUGGAUAAUAAUGAACUGGCCUUAGCUCUGCGUGAGCCAGAUUUGGAAAAGGUAGUUCGAUAUUUGGCUGGUUGUGGACUGCAGAGCUGCCAGAUGUUGGUGUCUAAGGGUUAUCCGGACAUUGGAUGGAAUCCAGUUGAAGGAGAGAGAUACCUUGACUUUCUCAGAUUUGCUGUCUUCUGUAAUGGGGAGAGCGUGGAAGAGAACGCUAACGUCGUGGUGAGGUUGCUCAUCCGGAGGCCCGAGUGUUUCGGUCCUGCUUUGAGAGGUGAAGGUGGGAAUGGUCUGCUCGCAGCCAUGGAAGAAGCCAUAAAAAUAGCCGAGGAUCCUUCUCGAGAUGGUCCCUCACCAACUAGUGGGUCCAGUAAAACACUUGAUACAGAAGAGGAGGAGGAUGACACUAUCCACAUGGGGAACGCCAUCAUGACCUUUUAUGCAGCUUUGAUCGACCUCUUAGGACGCUGUGCUCCUGAAAUGCACGUAAGUGCUUUGCCGACCGAGAGCGGCAGUCCUGGCUUAUCCAUCUAUGUGAAGAAAUCCAUAGCUGGCGAAGAUGAUAACAGCAUCCAAAACCAAUAA